CAGAGGGGGGUGCUGGAGAACCCUCUGCCCCCCUCUGGCUACGCCACUGUAGCUGUAUGCAUAGGUGUAGUUACUGCUUUCGUAGUACUUCAAGAACAGAAGUCAAACCAAUUAGUGCAAAGGAUUGAUAAUCUACAGAAUAACCCAAAUUGCAGAUGUGCAACAUUGAAAAUUGACAUUCAAAAGCUGGAGACUAUCCAACGAAAUAUUUCUGAUUUGAGCAGCAAGGUUUUAGCAUUGCAAGCCAAAGACAAGAUACAAGAAGCACAGCUACAGUCUCUUGGAACUGCUCAAACGAAUCAAGGAAAUAAAAUAGUGGUGAAUCGUGAGCAAAUAACAAGGAUUGCCGAGGGUUUCGCUGCACUGGAUGAGAAGGUGGACGAACAAGAAGAGAGAGUGAACUCUAGCAUCAGGGACACAGCACAAAAGUUUGAAACGAUUCAAGAAGCUACUGCUGAGGCUUUCGCUGCACAGGAUGGAAAGUUAACUGAACAAGAGGAGAUAGUGAACUCGAGCAUCAGGGACACAGCACAAAAGUUUGAGACGAUUCAAGAAGCUACAGCCGAGGCUUUUGCUGCACUGCAUGGAACAGUAGCUGAACAAGAAGAGCGACUGAACUCAAGCAUCAAGGACAUAGGACAACAGUUUGAGAUGAUCCAAGAAGCCAUUGCUGCAAACACAAAUCAAAUUAAUAUCCUCAUUGCAACGAUAAGAGAUGCAUACGACCUCGAAACUAACAUUACUAGAUUCAUAAUGAACAGUGAGCUACUAGAAGCACAGCUGCGUUCAGUGAAUACAAGUGUACAACUACAGGGUGCAAGUAUAGAGAAACUAAGAGUGGAUACUUCGAGAAAUAUUUCUGAGGUGAGAGAGAGGACACAAGACUCACUCGAUGUCAUUGGAGAUGAUGUCAUUCGCAACACUAACGAACUUAACGAUGCAAGAACAAGUCUGAACAGAAGAAUAGAUGAAGUGGAAACUAAACAGGACACAAACACAGCCUUGCUGAGCCAACACAGUGCGAAAGUUAGCGAUCUUGAAAGCGAAUCUAUUUAUUUAAAAAGUCUUGGGAUAGGUGCGGUUACAUUUGCUACUAUUGGAUUCGCUGUGCUCAUUAUUAUUGCAGUGGUUGGUUGGAUAUUCUGUUCGAAGUGACACAAGAGCAAUUAAGAGUCGAUCCCUAUAAGUAACAGUUAUGAUUCAUAAUUAUGUAUACCACAAAAAUUGGUGCUUGUUUGUCAAUUAUUGUUUAAAAUCCUUGUUCCCACAUACACAUUUAAUGUGUCA